CUCGUAGGAAUUAGAAGUGUAUUGCAAAUCUGCUAGGUGACAGACAGAGGGUCGUCUUAUCGCGAUUCUGCCAGGUGACAGACAGAAGGUCGCCUUAUCGUGACUGCAGUGUUACAUGCAACAGGUGGAUGGAUGCAUACAUACAUGAAUAGAUAAAUAGAUAAAUAAAUAACAAAGAAGGUACGACAAAGGAAGGAAAGAGAGAGAAGGGGAAAGAGAAUCGAGAUAGAAGGGAGAUACUACAGUGGGUCUCAGAGGCCGUGUUACAUUGCUUUUAUGGAGUGACUGACAAACGGAUGACGAUGGAUCACACGUUAACGAGGCUUAUUUCAGACACUGUUGAUUUUCGUCACUAUUGUGGAACAACAGAAAUGGAUAAUGAAUGUACUUGGAAAGACUACAAAAGGAAGAAGACGAAGGGAAAGAGGACAACGCCCACACACUCACCCACACACCGCCAUUCCACCCACGCACGGCGACACUGCCUUGCUGUGCCUCUCACGCUUCACGUCUCAGCCACAGCCACGACUCUCGCUGCUUCGCUCCGCUGUUUCAAAACUUUAACGAAACGCGCCGCUCAUUCCACCUUUCCUUAUUUAAUCAGAUCCGCGCCCACUUGAGCAUCAGACGCCCACCUCACUCAACACUCACAUAAAUAAAAAUAAUAAAGCGUCACUGCAAUAAUUGUCACGCCUUCCUUCCUUCCUUCCUUAUUCUUCAUCGACAAGAAUUCCAGGAAAGUGUCAUUUCGAAACCCUGUCCCCUUACCCGAGUAUUGACUGGCUGAUGCAUCAUGGCUUUAUGAACGCGCUCAUUGGUAGAAAAAGCAUUGCAAGUAAUUACUUGAGUGGUUCACGCGUCUCAAUGCGACUGUUUGAACUCUUCCUGACUGACCAACCACUGCUUGCUAUUCACAGCUGAAAAGAUCGAUUACGUGAACACCUGAGGAACAGCAAAUGGAAAAUGGACACGUGAAAAUUACUACCAGUAGCAGCAGGUACUUCACCUCUUGCUAUCGUCCUACAGCUGCCCUGCAACCUGGCCUCUCCAAAUAAUGGCCGUGGCGACAUCUGCAGGAUGACUUCACUUCCUGUCGCUUUCUGCGGCAGUACACACACACACACACACACACACACAGACAUACGCACGACAAUCAUGAGGAGAGUCUCGCAGUGCUCGCUGCUGCCGCUGCUGCUGCUGCUGCUCCUGGCGCUUAGUCCUGGAAACGCACCAAGCCCCACCCUGGCCCAGGACUGUAGUGCUGCCGACAUGGUAGUGAAGGAAGGACAACCACAAGUCAUCAAUACCACACAAGUCAUCAGGAACGGUGAACGAUAUGAAGGUCAUCUUACGUUGUUUCUGAAGCCUGAGAGCGACUUUGAGGGCGUCCGUCUUGAUGUGCAGGCAAGUAACGGCACUCACCACACUGCCUGGUUCCCUGCAGAGGAGGAAUGUUUCCCGCGUGAUGGCACGUGGCGGGAAUUCGAGGCGCGAACAUGGAAAACCGAGAAUGGGUUUUACUUGGGUUUUAUGUGUGGUAGAUGCUGGAAGGAGUGCUGGAUCAAGACUUUCCAGAUGAGCCUCAAGAGCCUCAGCGUGAUGGCGUACGGCCCGUCCAGGUGGAGAAAUGAAAGGCCACCCAAGGGUUGUAGCGUCACCUUGGUAAGGCUUUCCCUGCGCAUUCAACUGCCCGUCUGCCAGGGGGCUCCAUCUACCACCACCAGGACCACAAACGCCACGACCACCACCCCCGCGACUACCGCCACCGCCAAGACACCCACCGCCACGACCACCACCACCGCCACGACACCCACCACUACGACCACCUCCACCACAACCACCACUACCACCACCACCACUACCACCGCCACAACCAUCACCUCUAGGACGCCCUGUACUCUUAAGUUGACACAAGACAAGAUAAUGAUCAUCGCAGUGUCAGCAGGAGUGGUGGUGGUGGUGGUGGUGGUGGUGGUGGUGGUGGUGCGAAAGAAGCCGAAUUCUGUGAUAUUACCAAAUAUUGUGAGGUUCCAGUCCCAACCUGCCGUCCCCAACCGCCCCCAACGGUUCACCACCUCUAGGAGCACAUCCCAGACCAAGACCAAGAAGGCUCCUAUUAACAAAUGCUGCCUGACCUCUCAGCACGCAGUGAUGGUGUUGGGGUCUGCACAAGACUCAGUGGAACCAGUGUACGAUGACGUGCUGCCUUAACACGGCGUGCGGCCUCCCUCAACUGUUUACAAGAAUGUACCUCCCACUGGUGGCACCUUACUGGCACCUGGAGGCUUCAAGAGUCCGUGGGUUACACCUAUACGCCACGGUGCUGUAGACAACAUGCACUGCUGUGUUUUUGUAAAGGAGCAGCAUUCGGCAGCCUUGUUCCCUCAAGAGUUUGUCAAUGAUGUCUCGUGAUUUGCUUAGCUUGGUUUGUUUUAGCAAAAGUUCUCUUUGUUUGUUUGUUGGAUACUCCAAGAGUGGCCUUGGCUAACUGUCGCAGCCCAGUGACCAGUGUGCACUCCCUG